AAAGCCACUGCGACAGAAUGAAUCCCAGUGGGCGGGGCGCAUAAACAGGUUGUUGUUGUUGUAGACGAAAAUUCAUUAUCUGUUUUUCGGUGCCCGCCUACUUCACACCACGUGCUAAGGGUCAUCAUCACCUCGUGACGCCUACCUUUUUCCAAGCUACACCACAGUUGUGACUGUCAAUAAAUACAGCCCAUUCUUGGCUCCUGAUCAUUUCAGAGUUCGCUCUCGGUGAUAGACGUUUGUUCAACUUACGGUACCAGUGUAUAAUUUUGUAAAAAUGAUGUGCGGAGGUGCAACUGAAAUGAAGGUGGCGACAGACGACAUCAAGGAAUUAGUCGAAAAGGUUCGACCACAGGCAGUGAGGAAGUCUGAAGGAAGAAACUUCAGUGAAUUUACAGCAACACAUUACAAGUCCCAGGUUGUUGCAGGAACCAAUUUUUUCAUAAAGGUAUCCUUGGGAGGUGACAAUUACGCCCACCUGCGGGUGUUCCGCCCACUACCGGGGGCCGGGGAAGAGGAGCUUGUGGCCAUCCAGUUUGACAAGAAACCUGAGGAUCCAAUAGAGUAUUUCUGAAUAAGGGUUUGUUCAAUCCAACCUAAAUGCUGAAGGCUGAAACAUCUGUAUGAAAACUGCCACAUAUUUACACAUCUUGCACUUUUGUGUAUGUACCAUUUGAACACCAGAUCUAAAUCUGUAGGACUACUGUACAGUUUUUGAAGACUUUCUUCAUUCAGUUAAAGAACAUCUGAAUAGGCAGUACUUAUGGGACAUGGCAUGCAAUUGUUAUCCUAUUGAAUUCUCUGAACAUCAUUAGCAGAAUGUGAUUUCUAGUUGUAAUAUUGUGAUCAGUGUUACCUUAUUCAUGUUAAUGCUCAAAAAUACCAUUUUUCUCCGGAACUUUCACGUCUUGGACAAAAUUAAAUUUGGAAUAAGCUAUUUAGUUCAUCAUAUGCAUUGUACAUUUAGCACUUUUUUGUGUGAUACGAAAUGUACUAUAUGUUGUCGUGAAUAAAUGUCAAAAUUCUGUAUUUUCA